AUGAAGACCGAUUUCAGGUUUUCAAAUUUGCUAGGCACGGUGUACUGCCAGGGUAAUCUGCUCUUCAGUCCCGAUGGCACUCACCUCUUUUCGCCCGUCGGCAACAGAGUGACGGUCUUUAAUUUGGUCGAAAACAAGUCAUAUACCCUUCCCUUUGCGCAUCGCAAAAACAUAGCUCGCCUCGGACUCACACCUCGCGGCAACAUCCUCCUCACAGUCGACGAAGACGGCCACGCUAUUCUGACAAACGUCCCCCGAAGAAUAUCAAUAUACCACUUCUCCUUCAAGGCGAAAAUAACCGCGCUCUCUUUUUCGCCCUCUGGACGCUACUUUGCCGUUGGUCUCGGCCGCAAGCUCGAGGUCUGGCACGUGCCUUCCACGCCCGACACCAACGCUGGCGGCGAGCUCGAGUUUGCGCCCUUUGUCAAGCACCACACGCAUACCGGCCACUUUGACGACGUCCAGCACAUUGAAUGGUCCAGCGACUCACGAUUCUUUCUCACGGCCUCCAAGGAUCUCACGGCGCGGAUAUGGAGUGUCGGCGCAGAGGAGGGCUUCGUGCCGACGGUGCUCUCCGGGCACAAGCAACCCGUCAUUGGCGCUUGGUUUUCGGCGAACCAAGAAAUUAUCUACACUGUCAGUAAAGACGGCGCCGUAUUCGAGUGGCGAUACGCAAAGCCGAUUGACCGCGUCAAGGACGACGACGAGGAUAUGGAGGAGGACGACGAUUCUGACAUGCACUGGCGCAUUGUGCAAAAACACUUUUUUAUGCAGGGCAGCGCACACGUCCGUUGCGCUUCGUUUCACCCCGAGUCGAACUUGCUUGUCGCUGGCUUCUCAAACGGCCUCUUUGGCCUCUACGAGAUGCCCGACUUUAACAAUAUUCACAAGCUAAGUAUCUCACAAAACGACAUUGACUUUGUCACCAUCAAUAAGAGCGGCGAGUGGCUUGCUUUUGGCGCUUCCAAGCUCGGCCAGCUUCUGGUCUGGGAAUGGCAGUCUGAAUCCUACAUCCUCAAGCAACAAGGCCACUUUGACUCGAUGAACUCGCUCGUCUACUCUCCCGACGGCACCAAAAUCAUCACCACCGCUGACGACGGCAAGAUCAAAGUCUGGGACAUUGAAUCCGGUUUUUGCAUCGUCACAUUUACAGAGCAUACAUCUGGCGUAACAGCCUGCGAGUUUGCCAAAAAGGGCAACGUCCUCUUCACAUCUAGUCUCGACGGUUCCGUCCGCGCAUGGGAUCUGAUUCGCUACCGAAACUUCCGCACAUUUACCGCGCCCACGCGCCUCUCCUUUUCCUGCAUGGCCGUCGACCCCAGCGGCGAGGUCGUCGCCGCCGGCUCCCUCGACUCUUUUGACAUUCACAUCUGGUCCGUGCAGACCGGCCAGCUGCUGGACCAGCUCUCGGGCCACGAGGGCCCCGUGGCCUCGCUCGCCUUUACGCCCAACGGCGAGUCCCUCGUCUCCGGCAGCUGGGACCGCAUCGCGCGCAUCUGGUCCAUCUUCAGCCGCACGCAGACCAGCGAGCCGCUGCAGCUGCAGGCCGACGUGCUCGACAUCGCCGUCCGCCCCGACUCGCUGCAACUCGCCAUCUCGACGCUCGACGGCCAGCUGACGUUUUGGAACAUGGAGGCCGAGCAGGUCGCUGGCGUCGACGGGCGGCGCGACGCCUCGGGCGGCCGCAAGAUCACGGACCGCCGCACCGCCGCCAACGUCGCCGGCACAAAAGCCUACAACUCGAUCCGGUACAGCACAGACGGCAGCUGCCUUCUCGCCGGCGGCAACUCAAAGUACAUUUGCCUCUACUCCGUCACGACCAUGGUGCUUCUGAAGAAGUUCACCGUCAGCGUCAACCUCUCGCUCUCGGGCACGCAAGAGUUCCUCAACAGCAAGCUCCUCACCGAGGCAGGAACGGCCGCUGACAUUGAUGACGAGGAGACCUCGGACCGCGAGGCCGCCCGCGCCGCCGAAGGCCUGCCCGGCUCCAAGCGCGGCGGCGAUCCCUCGGCCCGCAAGCGCUUCCCCGAGGUGCGCGUCAGCGGCAUUGCCUUUUCGCCGGCGGGUACCUCGUUCUGCGCCGCCUCCACCGAGGGCCUGCUCGUCUACAGCCUGGACACGACGGUGCAGUUCGACCCGUUUGACCUCAACAUUGAAAUUACGCCGGCCUCGACGCUUGCGGUGCUCGAGACCGAGCGCGACUACCUCAAGGCGCUGGUCAUGGCGUUCCGCCUCAACGAGGCGGCUCUCGUCAGGCGCGUCUUCCAGGCUGUGCCCCCCGGCGACGUUGGCCUCGCCGUGGCGGGCCUGCCCGUCGUCUACGUCCCGCGUCUGCUGCGCUUCGUCGCCGCCCAGACCGAGGAGUCGCCGCACAUGGAGUUUUGCCUGCUCUGGAUCAAGGCGCUCGUCGACAAGCAUGGCGCGUGGCUGGCGGCCAACCGCGGCAAGGUCGACGUCGAGCUGCGCGUGGUGAACCGCGCCGUCAACCGCAUGCGCGACGACAUUAAGCGGCUGGCCGACGAAAACGUCUACAUGGUCGACUAUUUGCUGGGACAGGCCGGCACAAAGAGCACGGACAGAAAGGGGCUGACGGCGGGGGACGAGGGGAACGUUGCUGCGGGCAUUGAUGUGGACAUGAAUGGUGACAAUGAGGAAGCGUCUAGCGAAGACGAAGACGAAUGGAUUGGACUAGAGUAA